AUUCUGAAAUGGGCACCCCAAUGGCGUUCUCUGGUUCUCUGUCCUCGGGCAUGCGCAGUUAGCAGAAGUCGCUAACCGUUAUCGACGUUCGAGGGUCUCCACGGCAAUCUGUCCAGCCAGCUCCUCCAGGCCUUGGUACCCGCGUUUUACUCGAAGUGGGUCGAACGCAGUGAAAAUAAAGUUGUUUGAGGAUAUUGGCGCAGAAAACAUCACACAACUUGAAUAUUUUUUCCAAUUGCACAAGAUGAAGCUGUGGUGGGGCUGGGCGUGUGUGCUGCUCCUCUCCCUCCUGGCUCUCUCUGUGUCCCAGGCUGAAGCUCAGGAUGACCUGGACCUGGAGAUGGAGGAAGCUAUGGUGGAAGACAUGGUAGAAGAUAGGGAAGACUCAGCAGAGAUAGAGGGAGAGGCGGAGAUGGAAGGGGAGGCGGAAGGGGAGAAGGGAACCGAUGCCAACGUCUCCUUCCAGGUGACCUACAAGACUCCUGUUCCCAUCGGAGAGGUGUACUUCUCAGAGACCUUUGACGACGGCUCACUGGACAGGUGGCAGGUGUCAAAGACAAUGAAGGAAGACGCAGACGAUGAAAUUGCUAAAUAUGAUGGUAAGUGGUCUGUGGAGCAGCUGAAGGAGAAUAAAGUACCAGGAGACAUGGGUCUGGUUCUUAAGUCCCGGGCCAAACAUCACGCCAUCGCCUCCCUGUUGGACAGACCCUUCCUCUUCCGGGACGACGCCCUAGUCGUACAGUAUGAGGUGAACUUCCAGGAUGGUAUUGACUGUGGUGGAGCCUACAUCAAACUGCUGUCAGACGAAGAUGACCUGGAUCUGGAGCAGUUUAAUGACCGUACCUCCUACACCAUCAUGUUUGGUCCUGAUAAGUGUGGAGAGGACUACAAGCUGCACUUCAUCUUCCGCCACAGGAGCCCUCUGAACAAAGACCUGGAGGAGAAACACGCCAAGAGGGCCGAUGUCGACCUGAAGAAGUUCUACACCGACAAGAAGACUCAUCUCUACACACUGGUCCUGAACCCAGACAACAGCUAUGAGAUCCUGGUAGACCAGAGCAGUGUUAGUCGUGGCUCUCUGCUUCAUGAUGUGGUUCCUCCUGUUAACCCCACCAAGGAGAUAGAUGAUCCCACUGACUCUAAACCUGAAGACUGGGACGAGAGGGCCAAGAUACCAGACCCAGAGGCUGUCAAACCUGACAACUGGGAUGAGGAGGCUCCGGCUAAGAUCCAGGACCCUGAUGCUGUGAAGCCAGAGGGAUGGCUGGACGACGAGCCUGAGUUUGUAGCCGACCCCGCCGCCAAUAAACCAGACGACUGGGAUGAGGAGAUGGAUGGAGAGUGGGAGGCCCCUCAGGUUCCUAACCCAGUGUGUGAGACAGCCCCUGGAUGUGGGCAGUGGAAACCCCCUACCAUCAACAACCCUCAGUACAAGGGCAAGUGGAAGGCCCCUCUGGUGGACAACCCCCACUACCAGGGUGUGUGGAGCCCGCGUAAGAUCCAGAACCCGGACUACUUUGAGGACCUGGCUCCGUUCAAGAUGACGUCGUUCAGAGCCGUGGGGCUGGAGCUCUGGUCUAUGACAUCAGAGAUCUACUUCGAUAACUUCAUCAUCACUUCAUAUAAAGAGGUGGCUGAUCGCUGGGCUGGAGACAGCUGGGGACUCAAGAAACUGGUGGCUAGUGCCAACGAGCCGGGUGUGUUUUCCCAGUUGACCAUGGCAGCAGAGGAGAGACCGUGGCUCUGGGUGGUCUACAUACUGACUGUUGGUCUGCCCAUAGGACUGACUGUUUUAUUCUGCUGGCCCAAGAAAUCAGAUGAUGACUAUGUGUACAAGAAGGUGGACCCACCUAAACCCGAUGUAGAAGAGGAGGAAGAGGAUGAUGAUGAAGAAGAGGAGGAGGAGGAAGAAGAGGAGAAGGGAGACCAAGCAGCUGAGGCCAAAGCUACUGAGAGUCUAACACCUGCAGAAGCGAAGAAAGAGAAGGCGGAGGAGGAGACUGGGGCAGCUGGAGGGGACAGUGUAGAAGAUGAAGAGGAAGAUGAGGAGGAGGAGGACGAAGGAGAGGAGGAAGAAGAGACCAAGUCCAAUGAGGCAGCAUCGGAUGAUGUCAGUGCUGAGCAGAAGGAGGAGGCAGACGAGGGGGCCACAGCGUUGGCGACGGACACAAACAGUCUGUGAGGAAGAGGAGGGUACGGAAAGACUGAUGAAGACCAACGACGACAAAUGAAGCCUUCUCUCUCUCUCUCUCUCUCUCAUCUCUGCAUGCCCUCUGGUGGUCCUAGUGACCAAGAUACUACCCCUCCUCCUCCAUCAGUCGAAUGACAACCAUCCCCCUUUCCUUCUCAUCUUCCUUUGUUCUCUCUAUCCGUUACGCCUCUCUCUAAGGCCAUCAAGGAUACCCUGACCCCCCAACCCUCCUUUCUUCCAAAAUGAAUACUAUGCCCCCUCAUCUUCUUCCUCCUUCCCCCCAUCAUCUUCAUCAGCUGCAACUUUCUAACCCCCCCUCUUCAGCUUCCAGUCUUCCUGACUAUAGUUCCUAGUUCUGGUUUAUUGUUGGCAUUUGUUAAGCUUCAGAAGUAUUUUUUUAUUCAAACUAAAGUUAAAAGGCAGCUCUCUCUGGCUUGUGUCUCAAAUGACACCCUAUUCCCUGAAAUAGAGCUUUGGUCAGGGUAGUGCACUACAUGGGGGGGAAAUAAGGUGUUAAAAAGUAGUGCACUACAUGGGGGGGAAAUAAGGUGUUCAAAAUUAGUGCACUACAUGGGGGGAAAUAAGGUGUUAUAAAGUAGUGCACUACUUGGGGGGAAUAAGGUGUUCAAAAGUAGUGCACUACUUGGGGGGAAAUAAGGUGUUAAAAAGUAGUGCACUACAUGGGGGGAAAUAAGGUGUUAAAAAGUAGUGCACUACUUGGGGGGAAAUAAGGUGUUAAAAAGUAGUGCACUACAUGGGGAAUAGGGUGGUGAGAGAGAGUGAAGACCUCUAUAGCCAUGUUACUGUAUUGCUGCUGUGUGACUGAAGUUGCCAUGUUUCUCCAGCCUGGUCUCAGAUCUGGUUGUAGUUGGAGUCAAUUCCUCUGACUAUUAUUGUGACAAUAUUUGGCUCUAAAAUACAAACUGUGCAUCCCAAAUGGCACCCUGUUCCCGUUAUAUUGAACUACCCUAUGGGCCCUGGUCAAAAGUAGUGCACUAUAUAGGGUGCCUCUGGUCAAAAGUUGUGCACUAUAUUGGGAAUAGGGUGCCAUUUGGGACUUACAUAUACAGAUCUGGGACCAGUCUUAAAGUUUUAGUAGAGAGACAGACAGAAGGAUAUUUUAAGACAAUAAGGCGCCUUACGUCAGGUUUAAGAAGGUUAUACAUCUACUUUAGAUUCAUAGUGUUUGUUUUUCAUUAACUUAUAAAAGGAAGUUCAUAAUAUAAUAUGUCAGUUCUUUGUGUUAUUUAGUUUUUUACUAAAUUAUAUGGAUUUAAAACUGAGGAUUGAAAAUCGGCACUGAUAAAAAUGUAUCUAUUUAUUCAUUCUCGUUUGAAACUUCUCCCUCUUGUUCAUUUUAAGGCUAAAUUUAAAACAUAAGAAAAUAUUACAAUGCAGUUUUUUUGUCUUGAGUGAAUUGAAAUGUUAGGAUGUUUGAAAAAAUAUAUAUAUUAUAAUAAUUUGUAGUUAGUUUUACCACUGUUUUGCUUAUUGUGAGCCUACGUCAGAACAAACAAGUUGUUUGCCCAAAGUCGGCAUAAAACCCUCUAUUCUCCACCCGAGGGAGGUGGGUAUUCCCAAAUAUCCUAACUCCGGUUCCAGAAUGAAUUACAAACAAUUCUGUCUUGUAUGGAAAGAGAUGUGCAGAUUUCUGCGUUUGUUCUGUUUUCUCUCCAGCUUUUUCUAGUAAAUGUUUUCUGUUCUCGUCCGACAACCAGGCAUAUUUCCCUGUUUCCAAUAAGUUGCAAAUUGUACAUUGCUCUUGGAAAAUUAAAUAUUUAAUACAAAAACAGUCUUACUAGUUUGUUGUAAGCCUGGUCCCAGA